AUGCGAGUAGCUUCUCGACAUUCCAGAAACGUGGGGCUAAUUCGACUGGUAGCUCUUUGGUCAUUUUACCCUCGCAUUGCAUCGUUGGAGUACCGAGCGAACCGCAACAGGAAGAAGGCGGAAGUGUUUUGUUGGGACAACAAGGCUUCUCAAUUUGCUAUGGGUUCUGUUGUAGCAAUGCGAACUCGCGACGAUUUUAAUGAUAGGGUUUUUGUUUUUUAUCAUGAACGGAUGUAUCUCGAAGCCAAUCUUACGUUGUUUGAUGCCACGGCCGUGACUGCUGUGGAGACGGCGUUGUGCCUUCGUGAGCUUGCUCUUCGGCCAUUUAACGAAGUUUCACCAGCAUUUCUCACGGAUGAGGAAAGCAAAAUGGCACCUGCAUUUCCGUUUGCUUUGGAGAGAGAAGAGGAAGCAAAACAUCUUGCUGUCUUAUUUUUUGAUGGAGACAAGAAAGUGUACGUGACGUCCCUACCUGUGGGACUGCUCUUGCGUGAUCUUAGGGAGUGUAUGGACUACUAUCUUGCCUUGGCCAUAAAGGAAGUUCGAGCCGAUCUCUUUCCUGAGGAGUUAAUACGAGCACUGGCCUACACUAUUGGGUACCCUAUUAAUGAAGAAACGAGUCUCACUGUCGAUGAAAGCCGUGAUAACCCUGUUGCCACGGAUACGGAAGAACAAAAAUUGGUAGAACCGACCAUGACUUUUUGCGGAAAUACCCACUUGAAUGAUAAUUCUGAGGAUGAGGGUGAUGCACCUGAAAUUGUCAUGGAAGAAUUUGAGGAUAUGCAGAUGACUGAGGAAGAGAUUCAGCGUGCGAUUGCAGUUUUUGGAGACUUGGCCAUUUUAAAUCGUCACAGUGGGUCACGUCUGCUUGGAGCGUUUGAAAAGGGAGAACAACAAAGAGGGGUUGAGGCUGAAUUAAAUAAGAACCUGGAGGAAAACAUUAUACCAACGGAAACCGAACCGAAACUGGAAGGCAGCGACGGUCAGAAUGCUAAUGAAUACGAUGACGACGAUGAGGACAUUAUUGUUGCAAAGGUGGGUGAGUUGGACAUGGACUAUGAAGACUGGUAA